UUCAGGUAAGGUUAUUUCGAGUCAAUCACGUACCAGGUUCAGUCAAAGGUGGACUUUCGUGAGUAGAAGGACCCGAGGAAUGGAGUCGAUUGUGAGAUUUUUAGUCCUUUUAGGUUGCUUAACAUUCAGUAGUCAGAUUUCGACCCCAGCUGAUGACUACUACUGGGCCGGCGUAGUAGAGUUCGACUACACCGAUAAAGAAGAUCUACCCCCGGCUAAUUAUACGGCUCAAGCGAUUCAACGUUACGCAUCGAUCAUCAAUUCAGUGGAGGCCGAUCCCGUAGACAUUUUGGUGUUCCCGGAAUAUGGCCUAAGUUCUUCAGAAAUGGCCUCAUUUGUACCAGAUCCGAGGGAUCGGAUAGCCCCUUGUAACCUCCUUCAUUAUGAACCCGUUGUCAGAGACAUGUCCUGUUUGGCACGACAUCGUCGAAAGUAUCUAGUAGUCAAUCUUGUGGAGAAGGCACGCUGUCCAGAACCUUUUGAUGAUCGACCUUGUCCAUCCGAUGAAUUAUACCGGUUCAAUACCAAUGUCGUGUUCGAUCGACAUGGAACAGUUAUCGGGAAAUACAGGAAGUUCAAUCUCUACGACGAAGGCGGUUUGAACAUUACGGCAAUUCCUGAAAUUGUAUCUUUCGAAACCGAUUUUGGGGUCACCUUCGGCACUUUUACCUGUUACGAUUUGAUCUUCGAAGAACCUGCAAUUCAGAUGGUUCGUAAUGGAGUAACGGAUUUCAUCUUCACCAGUAUGUGGUUCUCGCAGCUUCCUUUUCUCACGGCUGUCCAGAUCCAGCAAGCCUGGGCCUAUGCCAACAAUGUGAAUUUGUUAGCUUCCGGAGCUAGUCAGCCGGAUUUGGGUAGUACCGGAACCGGAAUCUACGCUGGACGCCGAGGUCGAAUCGUUUCGGUGAUGAAUCACAAAGCUGAAGAGAAACUUUAUGUGGCACGGGUUCCGAAAAGGGAUCGGUUUGGAUUACCGUUGGAGCAACAACCCAAGAUUCAGUUUACUCCCAGUGAAAUGGAUGAUCUCAAGCUGAAACGUGAUGCCAUCGAUAUCUACGAAACAGAGCUACUUCCCAUGGAGAGUAACAGUUCCUACAGGAAAACGUUGUGCCAAAAUGGUCUGUGCUGUGAUUUUGCCUUGAACUACACUGUGCUGGAGGUUGAACCGGAUCAGGACUUCUACCGAUACCGAUUUGCCGUCCGGGAAGGUCGCCGGGUAUUCAACGGAAAUCGCGAGGGGCUGAUAUCGGUGUGCGCCAUUAUGGCAUGCUCCGGAGAUACUUUGGAAACCUGUGCCGUACGAUUCCCCAACUCUUCAACGGUAGCAAAUUCGGUUCUGUUCAACGGACUCCACAUCGAGGGCGUAUUUUCCGGCAGCGCCCAAAUGUUUACGCUUCCAAACAGUGUGGACACUAGCUUGCUGCCGCUGGAGGUGGACAAAUUUGAGUACAUCGAGCGGGUGUUUACUGAUGAUUUUGAGCUAAUGAAGGAAAUCCAGUUUCGGUUGCUGGAGCCCCGUCAAGAUCUACUAACCUUCGCCAUUUGGGGAAGAAAGUUUGUGAGAAUGAAUUCCGGAUGUAAAGCAAAUAAGAUCAGUGUUCUUUUACUUUUUGUAGUCACAGUUUUCAGUAUUAUUCGUAGUAAAAUUUAGGUAAAUUUGUUAA